AUGAUGACGUUUAGAGGGGUUACAAAGGAUUUGACUACUUUUGAUGCUUUUUGGGAAACGCCAAGCAUUAGUUGCUCGGUUCCUUCUCCAUUUGCCGACAAAUCCCAAGACGAAGAAUCAUCAGAUGGCGAGCAAUCAUCCCCUAGCAAGGGAAGCUUCCCCGAUUUGUCAAAUUCUAUAUCAUUUGUUUCAAACUGGGAAUCCUUUAAUUCGGCUACAUUUGUCGGCAUGCCACCACCACCGGCUAAAUAUUCAAAUGAAAGGAUCAAUGCAUCUGAUAUGGUUGAUCGUAGACGGAAGCUUCAAGACACUUCGAUCACGGAUUCGGUCCAAAGUAUACCACCCUGCCCGCCAAAGAGAUCUUGUAAAGUCAGUCAGGUUUUCUCCGCAGAUUUUUCAACAACUUUCUUUCACUCAACGAUUAGCAGCUUUUCGCCCUUACCUGAAACAAAAAGCAAUUCUAUCGGAUACAACUCUCAAUCAUCAGAAUUUUCCCAUCAACGCCGUCUCGGGUUAAUGGUCGAACUUACGUUCGAUUACGGGACUCAUCUUUGCAAUCCAGAAGACUCGAUUCUUACGUACGAAAUAUUGCGCCAACGAGAAAUAUCAGCUAAUGCCAUCAAAGAAAACUUUCUCCAACAACUUUAUUGCUCGAUGCCUGGCGUGGCUCAAGUUCGACGUGCAGUCUUGAGGAAAAUGUUUGUUGCUGUUGAGGAUAAAGAGUACAAUCAAGAGACGUUUCACUUGGCAGCCUAUUUUCUAGACGUUGCUUUGUCAGCCAUGAUUCCUAGAACAGAGGAAACAAUCUUUAAAAUGGGAGCAGCAGCGUUAGUCCUUGCUUCAAAGAUGGAAGAAUACAAUCCAUUACACUUUUCGAACGUUUGUGGCGAUGGUGCUCACGCAAUUACCAAAGUGUUAAUGAAAGAGCUGGCCAGCUUUGAAAAAGUCAUGCUUGCGGCACUAAGAUGGCGACUUGAGGUAGCAACGCCUUACACCUUUGCGAAUUUUCUGCACACCGUCGUUCAAAGUUCAAAAGAACAAAUUUUAUUCGCGAUGUAUUUGCUACACCAUUCCCUGCUCAAUGAUCAGUGCCGUCGAUGGAAAAGCUACCUAACGGCUCAUGCUGCCAUUAUAGUAGCACAUGUAUUGAUACCAACUACAAAAACUAAAUAUUAUUGUGCCGAAGUGCUGCUGAAUUUGGUCGUGAAACAACUUCAUCCCACUACAAUGCUACGUUUGGACUCUGUUCGGGAAAUUUGCUUGCAUCUCAUCGAAACUUACGAAACUGUGGUUUCCGCACGCAGUACCAAUGUUUCUUUACCUCCGAUAUCUGAAUGGCCGAUCUGCCUAAGGGCUGACUUUUGGCGAAUCGCUCGCACAAAGAAAGAAUUAAAGACGAAGCCACUUCUGGCAUCAAGUCUCAGCCAGCAUACAACACAAGACAUGGCUGGGUCGGAAUACCUCUACUCGACGAUCAGCGAAUUUGACCAAACCGAUUGUAGCGAAUUAAAUUCUGAUGAAAUAGAUAUGGACCAAACAAGUGACUUAAUUGCUGACGCCACUCACUCUUUCCAGGAUCCUUUUGAUUUU